CUCUCCGAUGGAGAAAUUAAUGUCCUCGGGGGGUAGAAAGAAUCAAGACUCGCGGUGGAAACGAACUCGAGAUUUUAUGUCAAUACGAAGGGUAGAGAGAUCGAGGUAUCUCGAUAAUUUGAAAAUCCUCGAUGAAUCUUCAAUGGCUAAGAAAUAUGAAGAUUCUUCCGAUUCGUUGAAAAUCGGUAGUCAAAUCAAGAAACGAGAUAAUAAUUCACAUAAUACAUUACCAAUUGGAAAUUACACAACUACCGAUAAGACAACCUUGAAUUAUCUAAGGGAUCAUAGUCCUUAUCUUCCAUACAAUAUUAACACGGUUCAUCUACAAAAUCCAUAUAAAACUCCUCAACGUCUCGAAGGAUACGCUUUGCGUGACACCAAUUUUAAGGGAAUGUAUCGAUCGAGGGAAUCGACACUACGAUCAAGAUACAAUCGGAAUGGUUUAACAACAAGAGAUACGAUUACUUCAAAGAAUUACGAGCAAAACGAAGAAAAACGUGACAAAAGCCUGAAAAAUGUACAAACCUGUUUAAAGACUACAGAGAUUAAUACCAUUGUGAAACAAUAUUGCUUGAACAGUACUCUUCAUGGUUUACGUUAUGUCGGAGAUUCAAAAUUAUCGAUCGUAGAAAGAAUCUUUUGGAUAAUUUCUUUCACCACCGCGGUACUAACAGCCACAUAUUAUAUCUGGUUUUUAUAUCAAAAGUGGGUCUCGUCUCCCAUUAUAAUUUCUUUAAGUCCCGAACCUGUUUCUGUCAACGAAUUUCCAUUUCCCGCAGUUACCAUUUGCAAUAUGAACAAUGUAAAAAGAAGCGAAGCGAUCCGUAUAGGGAAUGGAGAAAAUAUGCGUGAGAAAUUAUUGUUGGAGGAUCUUUGUAAUAGCGAAAAUACCUCCAUUGCUUUCGAUUUAAAAGAAAAAGCAGUGGAAUGGAAUGCCAUGCGUCAUUUUAUGAUAAAUGUAUCGCAAUCAUGUAACGACAUGUUGUAUUACUGUCAAUGGCGUGGCAAUCAGACAGAAUGUGACAAGAUUUUUAAUCCUACGAUGACCGAUGAGGGUAUUUGUUGUAACUUUAAUUCGGUAAAUCGUAAACAUUUGUUUCACGAUCCACGAGAUUGGCCUGAUCUGAACAUUACUUUUGCCUUCACUGGUAUUGAUUGGAAUCCUGAAAUUGGAUAUGAUAAACAAGUUCCAUCAGAUGCCAUACCAUGGAGACCUUAUGGUGCUGGCCUUUCUUAUGGCUUAACUUUAGUUCUUGAUGUCGAUGUUAAUGAAUAUUAUUGUUCUUCGACAGCUAGUGCAGGCUUUAAAAUGCUACUACACAGCCCUGUUGAAACACCAAAAAUUGCAGAUUUUGGGUUUGCUGUAGCUCCUGGUAAAGAGGUCAGAGUUAUUGUAUCACCUCGAAUAUCAACAGCAAGCAAAUCUAUAAUAUCCAUACCUCAAAAGAAGAGAAAGUGUUUUUUCACAUCUGAGAGAAAGUUACGUUAUUACAGGACUUACACACAAAGAAACUGUAUCCUGGAAUGUGAGGCAAAUUUCACACAAAAGAUGUGUCAUUGUGUCCAAUAUUAUAUGCCAAAAUCAUCAAAUACUACAAUUUGUGGAAAGAAAGAUGACCUGUGUGCUACUACAGCACGAAGAGCAAUGGAAAUUAAACUCUAUGAUGAUAAUCAAUUGAAUAUUACUGAAAUACCAAGCUGUAAUUGUUGGCCAGGAUGUUUUGAACUAAGUUAUAAUUUAGAGAUAUCAGAUAGCAAAUUGUUACAUAAUUUUGGCAUUCAAGAACAGUAUGUUAAAAAAAAUCAGAAAUAUUUUACUGAAAAUAUGGCAGUGGUACAUAUUUUUUUUGUGGACUCUCAAUUUACUAAAUCUAUGAAGAAUGAACUUUUUGGAUUUACAGAAUUUCUCUCAAGUACCGGAGGUCUACUUGGUCUUUUUAUGGGAUUUAGUUUCCUAUCUGUUAUGGAAAUUUUAUAUUUCAUAACAUUACGAUUAUGGUGUCGUCUAACUGAACAUAAAAAUGUUCCAUCACGUACUAUAGUCCAAGUACAUCCUUUGGAUCAUAAUCAAGGUAUAAUCUAUCCAUUUGCACAAUGAGCUUUAUAUGUGUUAAUAAAUAUUAUGAAUCGUUAUAAUUAUAUGUGCGUGUGUAUAUAUAUAUAUAUGUGUGUGUGUCAUAUAGCCAAAAUUUAUAUAUAUAUAUAUAUAUAGCCAAAAUUUGAAGACUUCAUAAAC